AUUUUAUUUUGAAUUCAACGGGUCGUCAGUCUCAACUCAAUCGUACAGAUCAACGUAUCUCGGUUUUACGCACUAUUGAUCUCGGCUCAAUAAUUUUUUAUAAAUUUUAACGAUAGAAAAUUUUUACUCGACGUAAGGAAAAAUGUACAAACCGAAAUACGCGGAGUCGUUUCAUCUGAUAGGUUCCGUUUACGUGGAGCCACCGAUACCCGUGUCGUUGCUGCAAGAAUUCGACAGAAGAAUCGCGCCGCUGAUAGGUGUGCAUCUGCGCCACAAAUUACCCGCAGAAUGGAAGAAGGUGGAGGGCUACGUCGCGCUGGAGCUUCAUAGAUUGUUGAAGGCAGAAACGAGCGAAUUUUCGAUACCAAAAAGAAGUUAUAACGUGAAUACGUUUCGUAUGAUCAGGCAAGUCGAUAAAGAACAAGACGAUAACAAAGUGACACAAGAGGUGGAUAGCAAUUUUGCAAUGCUAAUGGGCGAUUCUCUAUUCGGUGUGAAGUACGAAAUGAAAUUGAGCUGUUGUUAUCACAAACUUACCGAAUAUCCGGGCGAGCCGAACUACAUUCCGAGGCCGCAUUAUGAGUUGCGCAAAGCUCUAAUGAAAGUUCAUCAAAAAUAUGCUCAGUACAUUAAGGAUCAGAGUUUCGAUGUUGUUUUUGCGGACCAUGCUAUCAAGAAGGUUCUCCAAUUUAUCCCGAAAUUGUUUGGAGAAGUUUUUAAUGGUUAUCGUACAAUGCCCACAAGUCCACCAACACGACAGGUCAGGAGGGUUCUGACGCGGAAGCGGCGACGAUUGCAAAUUGAAUAAUUUUUUACAACCGUGGUUGUAACUAAAAAAACGUUGAAACUGUUUGAUUUUAAAUUGUUUGAUAUUUUGAGUAUUAUCAAGUAUUGUCUUAUUUGUAUAAUUUCAAAGUUGUUAUGUGACAGUUAUCAUAUUUUUCAUUAGUUCAAAAUCAGUCUCAACAAAUUAGUUUGAAAAACUUAUUUGAAAAAUAGUCAAUCAAUGACGAAAAACGACAUUGAAGGACUUUUUUUAAAGAAAAAACUUGUUGGCGAUUGGUUACUGAAUUUUAAUUAAAAAUAUCCAUGUUUAACAUUAUUUCGUAUGAAAAAAAUUAAAAUAUACUGUCUCGACCUGUGAAAUAA